AUGCGUACCUACGACGACACGUUCUCGGGUCAGAAGAUCUACCCUGGAAAGGGCAAGAUCUUCGUCCGUGGUGACAGCAAGGUCUUCCGUUUCCAGAAUGGCAAGUCCGAGUCGCUCUUCCUACAGCGCAAGAACCCCCGCCGCAUUGCGUGGACCGUUCUUUUCCGCCGGCAGCACCGCAAGGGUAUCUCUGAGGAGGUCGCCAAGAAGCGCACGCGCCGGACGGUGAAGUCGCAGCGCGCGAUCGUGGGUGCUUCUCUGGACGUCAUCCGAGAGCGGCGGUCUAUGCGCCCAGAGGCUCGGGCAGCUGCACGGGCAGAGAACCUCAAGGACAUCAAGGCAAAGAAGGCCGAUGCUGAGAAGGCAAAGAAGGCCGAGAAGGCCAAGAAUGCAGCCAACGCAGCCAAGGGCCAGGCCGGCCGUAUUCAGAGCAAGCAGGGUGCCCGGGGUGCGCAGGUCAAGGUGGCUGCUAAGUCCCGUUAA